AUGGACUUAGGCUCGGAAGUUACUUCUGCAGAACCAAAAGAUGUUAGUGCAGCACUUGAAGCAGUUAUCAAAGAUGUGGGAGAGAUGGGAACUUACCAGCGAAUUCUCUUCAUAGGGAUGAUGCCCUUCGGGGUUUUAUGGGCAUUCGUGUACAUGAGCCACUUGUUCAUCACGGCCACGCCCUACGAGCACUGGUGCCGGGUCCCUGAACUCGAUGGCCUAGGAUGGGAACUAAGGCGAAACCUGUCGAUCCCGGCGACGGCGGCUGGUGGUGGGUUCGAGCGCUGCGUCGUGUUCGACGCCAACUGGACCGAGGUGCUGGAGACGCUGCUGCCGCCCGCGCCCGGCUCGCCCACCCUCUCCUGCCAGAACGGGUGGGAGUACCUCUUCGAUGACAUACCAUAUUCUACCGUCUCUACGGAGCGCGAGUGGGUGUGCAGCCGUGCGGCGCUGGUGCCGUGGUCCCAGACCAUCAGCAUUCUGGGCUCCAUGCUGGGCGGAAUACUCCUCGGAUACUUUGCCGAUAGGUUCGGACGGGUACCAGCUUUGCUCGUGUCUAACAUACUGGGCUGUGUCGGCGGCGUGGCCAUGACCUUUACUACCGGUUUCUGGGACUUCUCCGUAUGCCGCUUCCUGGUUGGGAUGUCGUGUGACGGCUGUUUUCUAUUUAUAUAUAUCCUUGCGUUGGAGUACGUUGGCGUAAAGCAUCGGUCGUGGGUGGCCAACAUGUCGAUCGCGCUGUACUUCGGCGGCGGCUGCGUGGCGCUGCCGUGGCUGGCGCUGUGGUUCAGCGACUGGAGGACCUUCAUUCUGGUUACCUCGCUGCCCAUGCUGGUUGCGCUGGUUACCCCCUUCCUGGUCCCGGAGAGUGUUGGGUGGUUGGUAUCCAAAGGGCGCGUUGAUGAAGCUGUAAAAAUAGUUCAUAAAUUUGAAAGGGUCAACAAAACUAAAAUCUCUCAAGAGGUUCUCGAUGAAUUUAUAGUAAGUAACAUUUUUAGUAGGUAACCUAAUAUUUAAGAACAGUAGGUAG